AUGAAGGAUCUAGUCCAAGAUGGACCCGACACAGAGAAGGGCGCCUUCCACCACGAAGAGAUAAUAGACUCCUUCAGUCCGUCCGAGCAAAAGAAACUCAUCCGGCGAAUUGAUAUCAGACUUGUCAUCACCCUCGGUUUCCUAUACUGCGUCAGUCUCUUGGAUAGGACGAAUCUCGGAGCUGCAUCUGUCGCAGGAAUGCAAGGCGAUCUGGACAUGAAUGCAUCCAAUAAUGGAUACAGCAUUACCUCGCUUGUUUUCUUUAUCACAUACACGAUCUUUCAAAUUCCGGCCACGGUGAUCAUUCGCAAAAUCGGUCCUCGGUUAUUUCUCUCCGGCAUCGUUCUCCUCUGGGGAGCCGUUAUGCUCGCAUUUGGCUUCGUUCCAAACUGGGAGACAAUGGCUGGUCUGCGUAUCAUCCUUGGCGCCCUGGAAGCAGGUCUUUAUCCUGGCAGCGUCUAUCUGCUUAGUACAUGGUAUCCGCGCUAUGAGCUCCAAAAGCGCAACGCAACAUUCUACCUGAUUGGAAGCAUGGCGUCUGGAUUCGGUGGUAUCCUCGCAUAUGGGCUGAUGCAAAUGGAUGGUCUCGCCGGGAGAGCAGGCUGGCGAUGGAUCUUCAUUAUUGAAGGGCUUCUCACCUGUGUUUUGGGAAUCGGCUCUUACAUCUUCUUAGUUGACUUCCCGGAGCAGUCACCAAAAUCUUGGAAGUUCCUCAACGAGUCCGAAGCCUCGUUUGUGAUCGCGAAGAUCCAGGCUGAUCGGGCUGAUGCCUCAGUGGAACCAUUCUCCAUGGGCAAAUAUCUUGCGAAUUGCAAAGACAGCAAAGUCUGGGCGUACGCUGCUUUGUACAUGCUCACGACAACGAACAGCUAUUCGAUCGCGUACUUCCUCCCCAUAAUUCUGGAAAAGAGUAUGGGUUUCUCUGUUGCAAAGGCGCAAUGUCUUGUUGCACCACCGUACGUGGCUGCUGGAAUUGUGAUGUUUGUUCAGGCCGUGUACUCGGAUAAAUGGCGACUUCGGGGCCCGGUCGUCGCAGGGAAUGCCUUGAUGGGACUACUCGGCCUUGGACUUUUGGGGUACCUCGAUGACGCGGCACCAAGGUACUUUGGAGUUUUCUUGGCUACUAUUGCCGCAAAUGCGAACUGUCCUGCAUUAGUCUCAUGGCAAAGCAACAACAUCCGCGGACAAUGGAAGCGGGCGUUCACAUCGGCGACUCUCAUUGGAGGAGGAAGUAUAGGAGGUAUCAUUGGGACGACGGUGUUCCGUGCUCAGGAUGCGCCAAAUUACCGCCCAGGACUGCUGUGUGCUAUGCUGGCCAAUGCACUAGUUGUUGUGAUUGUAGGAGCAAUGACCUGGAAGUUCCACCGAGCAAAUCGGCGCGUUGAGGCUGGCGGGAAGCCCAUCGAAGGUCAGAUUGGGUUCAAAUACACAUACUAA